GAAACUCUUGGAAGCAAGAAAGGAGCAUGACUCAAGGAGGGAAAUUCCUGUUGCCAUUAAGGAUUGCUAGUAUAUAAAAUGCCCUCUCUAUGCCAACUAAGAAUUCCCUUCUAUGUUCAGCUUUUCUACUCCCUCCAAGAAGAGAUCAAAUCUGAAGCAGCAGCAACAAACAUGAAUGUGAAGGGCUUGGCUAUAGUCUUGGCUGUGAUAUUCUGUGCUACAAUUGCUCAAGGUUUCCCAAUGUUCAAAGGAGGACGCUGUCUCUGCAUCGGCCCUGGGGUAAAGGCAGUGAAAGUGGCAGAUAUUGAGAAAAUCUCUGUAAUUUACCCAAGUAACAACUGUGACAAAGUAGAAGUGAUUAUCACCUUAAAAGCACAUAAAGGACAAAGAUGCCUAAAUCCCAGAUCAAAGCAAGCAAACAUUAUAAUAAAGAAAGUUGAAAGAAGGAAUUUUUUAAAACAUCAAAACAUCUGAAGUCCUGGAAAAAAGGAUAUAAAAACUCAGAACAAUUUUAACUGUGAUGAUAAAAUGAUAAGCAUUCUGUAAUAGGGAAAUGACUUUCUGCUGCCUAUUGCAAUGUGCAUUCAUGCAUUUGGAGAAUUUGUAAGUUUGGAACCUUCUAGAAGACUGAAUGUUUAUAACUAUUCUGCUGUGAUGAUGAAAACAUUUCUAAGUUAUCUGUCUGUACUUGAUCUACAUUCCAUAUUACAAUCUGCAGUUAAAAUGGAGACAUUAAUAUUAUUACUGGAGUCAAGAUCUUAUGAGUCAAAAGCAUCCAUCCAUGUAUAUAAUAAACAUCCCCCCCCAAAUUUUUUAAUGCAAAUCCACAUUUCUUUUCCCAAAAAUCAUAUAGCACAUAUAUACCUAGGAAAAAGUUCUUACAUGUCAUCUUGUUUAUAAAAAGGCAAUAAUUCAUGAAAUGUACUAUGAUAAAAUUAUAUGCUAAGGAAAACUGGUAAGAAUGCAAAUAUUUCAUAACUGAAUUAGCAGCUCUGGUCUUAACUUGAUUUUAGCAACUUUUUCAUUGAUAUGUUUUGAAACAUUUAGGGCAUGUGGGUUUACUGUGCGUUUUGGUUGUAUCUAUUUUUAUAAAUUAUAGCAACAUUUUGGACACAUUUUAAAUAUAAAAUGUUUUUUGUCUACCAAAGAAAAUGUCGAAAAUAAAUAUAUAUACAUAUCUGGCAAUCACCUUUACUUUCUGUGAUUCUUUUUCUUAGGAAAAUAUAUAAUUUUACCUUUGUAAGUCAUGCCUAUACUAUACAAUUUAGGGAUAUCUAAGAUAGUUUUACUUUUUAAAGUACCACCACUUCAUUUAUAUUGGUAGGUAUAGGAUAGUUAACAAUUAACUAAUACAGCACACAGAGAUGGUAUCUGGACAAUAAAAUAAUGAGGGGUUCAUGGCGGUCUUGUGCUCUGGUGGGAGAUUGUGACCUGAGGAGUCUGGAAAAGAAGAUUACUCUGACAUUCCAACAGUAGGUUACCAUAGCAGCAAAAGGACAACAGAGAGGCUCCAUUAUGGUAAAGAUUGUCAAGGAAGAUUCAGUCCUAGGACAUGACUACCUACCAUGACAUACUUUUAGUUAGGAAGUUUCAAUCUCUGAGCAUUCUAUGUGGUUUAGUUUAGGUCUCCGAGUUUGUAAGGCCCUCUAUGCAGGCCUCCCCUGAGCUUGUCAGAUUUAGUAUGUGGCCCCUUUUUUGUCCACACUUUGUAAAACAGAGACAUUCAUUUGUCUUCCAAAAAUAUGAUAUGCCUUUAACAAUUUCACCUUGUAUUUAAAAAAGCAUAAAGCUACCUGUCAACACACAGAAUUUUUUAGAAAUAUAUUUUAAUAGGUAGUUGUGAAGGAAAAUUUGUCUCUCUUUUUAAGGGGUCUUCCUAAGUCCAAACCCCCUUUUUACUUGGGGGCAAAUCCCUUCUUAUGAGAGUUUUGGUGAGAGACCAAAAAGGAGAAGCCAAAGGAAGGAGAUCCUUCCCUUCUUGGCAGCCAGAACAAGAUCUCAGCCAAGCCACACCUACCCUAGACUUUGAACUCCAACUAGCACCUGUCAAAUAAGCUACCAGUAAGUAAAUUAUUUAAACUGGCAGUAGAAACAGUGUAAGUCCUAACACAUGUUUGUGCGGCAUGGCUGGGUAGUAUUCCUUGCCACCAAGCUCCCUUAGGUUUUUGUCAAUUUUCCAAGAAUCAAGCCUGAUUCUUCAGUCUUCCUUUAGAUUCUUCAAUUAAAUUCCUUUUAGCCGAAGCUAGCCAGAGUUGAUUUCUCUAUCAUGUAACAAAAAACCUUAGCUAAUACAGCAUUCUUUAUAUAGACACCUAUACAUCUGAGAAAUAAAAAUAUUUGUUACAGAAUUACCAAAAUAGGACAUUUCUGCUUAUCUGAACAAAAGGACAAUUUUACAAUAUAGACCAAUCUUGAAAACAUUAUACUAAGCAAAAAAGGCAAUUACAAAAGACAUAUUUAUGAUUCCAUUAAACAAAAUGUCCAGAAUAGGCAAAUCUAUAGAGACAGACAGUAGGUUAGUUAUUGCCAAGGAUAAGAGGUAACAAGAAGUGACUCUUAACAGAUACGGGGUUUCUUUUGGAGGUGAUAAAAAUGUUCUAGCUUUGGCCAGGUGGUUCAGUUGGUUGGAGCAUCGUCCCACCACCAAAAGGU